GUUCAACUCAUCAACACAGCUUGUCAAUAAACCCCAAUCCAUAUACAAUUUAUACCGCCAGUAAUUUCAACUCAAAAGGUCAUUACCGAAGAGAGGGUUGUUUUUAACAGCAGCUGUGAGAUUUAAGUUGUGAUUAUUCGGUUUUUCCCUUCUCUCACACUGCAGUCAAAACUAAACAUCAUUGACACAUCAGGCGCACUUCGUACGCAAAGUUAAAAUGUCGUCGGGAAAGAGUUCGUCUGUGUAUGUCAUCUCGGCUAUUAUAGCAGCUAUUGCUCUUGGAGCGGGUUUUGUUCUUGGAUAUCUACUUAGACCUCAUAUAGCUUCGGAUAUCACGGAUACGAAUCUUCCCCAUGAUGGCGGGACUAUUGUUGAUCCCCAUGGAAACUAUAGUUUCUCCAGUAUGGAAUCUUGUGGAGAAUCGACUAAAGAUGAUCCAGAUAUGAACAGAUAUUUAGCUAACUGUCAAUCAGAUGUCUGUCAAGCCCAUUCCUGUUAUAUCCCUCAACCAUCACAAUAUGUGGUGUAUCAUGUUGAUACUCACAGUAUAGUGAUAGAUGGUAAAUUAGAUGAACAGGCCUGGAGGGAAGUAUCAUGGUCAGCACCGUUUGUUGAUAUCAAGGGUGAAGGAGCACCUACGCCUCGUUAUGAGACAAAGAUGAAAUUACGUUAUGAUGACGUGAAUCUAUAUUUAGCAUUCUAUAUGGAGGAACCGGAUGUGUGGGCAAAUAUUACGAAACAUGAUGGUCCAGUAUAUGGUGAUAACAGUUUACAGAUUCUGAUUGACACAAAACAGAAUAAUCACAAAUAUAAAGAAAUAGUUAUGAAUGCUUUAGGAACAGUCUCUGAUAUCAUGAUGACAAAGCCUUAUAUUGAUGAUGGAGAACAGCAGAUUAUUUGGGAGAGUGAUGUCAAAAGGUCAAUCUAUAUAGAUGGAUCUAUAAAUGACCCAAACAAACCAAGUACGUUUUGGACAGUAGAAAUGGCGAUACCGUUCAAAUCGUUAUUUUUUGGUGUAAAACAUAAACACUCGGUACCUUCUGAUCGAGACACAUGGCGAGCCAACUUUGUCAGGGUUGAAUACGAAGUCAUCACAAAUAAUGGACGAUACGAAAAGAAAGCAGGAGCCGGCACAGAUUUAUGGCAAUGGUAUGCUAAUGGUGUUAUCAACAGUCAUAUACCUGAUAUAUGGGGAUUGAUACAGUUCAGAAAGCUUCCGGCCAACAGUACUGAAUUCCAGAUAUCCAAAUAUUGGGUGGUAUCAAAUGCUCUAUCUGAAAUCUUCAGAGCAGAAAGGGCUUAUAAAGCAGUAACUGGCCGUUAUACAGACCAACUAGAUCUAUUACAUAUCCCACCAUACGUAUUGUCUAAACAGUGCAUUCAAAAAAUAGACAUCAAAUUGGAUUGGUCUGGAUUUUUAGUCACAGUGACACCUGUUGACAGAACAUUAAAACAAGGGCACAUAAGAACGGAUAGAUUUACCUGGUAUGGUGACGAUAAAGAUGAAGUAUUUUAAAUACAUAAGGGGUGGUCAGCUUUUAUUUAAAUUAGAAAUUUGGCGGUUCUUAAAGAAGCAGUCCCAGAAUAUAUUUAAAUUAGAAAAUUGAUGGCUCUUAAAGGGUCAGUCCCCAAUUAUUUUAAAUUAGUAAAUUAAUGAAUUAAAAACACUUAUAUGGAUAUACUACUUCUGAAUUUAUUAACAUGCUACGUUUCAAUACACAUACAGAUAUCGUUAUCAAGCAAAUAAUGAUAUAUAACAAAAAUGUGGUGCAAUAUAUAGUUAACAAAUUGGAAACCAUAAGUAAUAAUAUGGAUAAACAAUUACAAAGGGAUUAACCUUAGAUAUUUGUACGAGACGAGACCAGGCUUAUUUCGACGGCGCACCACAGGAAAUGGAGUUGAGCUGAUUCUAACACGUGGCUAGGUAAUCUGGAUAAAUGACGUCAGAUAUAGAAAUAUAUAUAUAAAUAUUUAUAUAUUUCUAAGAUGACAGACUUGGUCCCACGUCAAGACACGUACUCGCCUCCACUUCACUCCUUUCUGACUGCAGUCAGAUUAGAGCCCUGACGUUAAUCCAAUCCAGUGACUGAACUAUUCCUUGGGUCCAGUAUUAUUCACUAUAACAUAUCUGGGACAGCUUCUUUAAGUCAGUUAAACGAUUAUGGGUGUAUAAGUUGGAUGCCAUCAUUCAAGAAAAGACAAUUUACAAUUAUAGAUGUGCUUCUCCUGAUUUGUAAAUAUGUAAAUAGAACAGAUUAAAUUAUUUAUUUAUCUUUAAUUUGGAACCCUCUGAUAUUAUAUGUAAUUAUUGUAUUAAAAAUAAAAGUAGAAAAACCCAAGAUGGAACAAAUCAAA